GACAUAGAUGCUAAUGCCAACUCACAAGUUCCAGCCUACUCCCCAUCCCUACUAAAAUUUCUCCUUAUUUUUUUGAAGUGAGAAAACAGACUUUUUGCCCCAGGAAUGGGGCAACCUAGGACGCUAGGCAUACAGCAAAUGUAAAAUGCCACAUGCUAAAAAAAGUUUCAUUGAAUCCAGGGAAAAUUUAUUGGGUACACCUUGCAACUUGUUUGAUUUAAAAAAAAAAGACAAUUUUUAAGCUAGAACGCUCAUGUUCGAACUCGAUCAGUCUUUUUAUGAGACAGCGAUCAUGAGAUCGUCAUCUCAAUUCCUUCUGGAGUAAUCGUGCGGACAGUCCAACAGACAAACAAGCAGAAUGAAACCUUUUUUGGUCAGUGGACUAAUGGGCUUCGCUAAUCGCUCAGCCAAUAAGUCACUUUUUGAUACUCUUUUGGACACCAAAAACAGCGUACUGUAAAACGCAUUAACAAUUCUUUGUUACUGUGAAACAACUCAGGGCUGGGGAAAUUUAGUCAUCUUACAUUAGGUGUUUGAGCAACUUAAAAAGCAUGUGUCACACUACAAGUGUGACGUCCUUAGCACGUCGCAUGUGUGGUGUGACCGUAUUUUAAGUCGCGUUUGUGACGUGACCUAUGUGUUCUGCCUAUACCAUCUUGGCUGAUGUGGCAUCAAUUGGUGUGACCAAAAUUCGGGUCACAUUGCGUGGUAUGAUCAGACACGGUCUCACCAAUCGGUGUGACAUAUGUCACAUUAGUUUUUCCAGUGUUUUUGUGAAUUGGUCUUUUAUUGGACCCUAGUUUUACAAAUGCACAAUGUUUUUCGCGUGGUUGGCGCGCGCGUUUAGAGUGGACUACUCGAAGACCAAUGUUUUCAUUGUUGGGCUGUUACCUGCACUCGGCCCAAAGUUGCAACAGGUGGUGUUGACGCGCUUCCCCCUGCCCCGCAAUCACCUCCCACCGCCUUUCUGCAUAAUUUGUGUUUGUUUCAGUAUGAAGACGAGCUGGCCGUUGAGUUUUGUGGCGUUCCACAUCGUGGCAAUUUGGCUUUUCGCUGUUUUAUUAAGCACAUCGCAAGCUUAUAUCGUCAAGCCACCUUCAGUAGGAGAACGGCCAAAAGAAAUGUGGAUGUCUUCGACACAACUGAUAACAGCGCGCGGUUACCCAUCCGAGACCCACGAGGUGAGAACAGCUGACGGGUACCUUCUUACGAUCCACCGUAUUCCGAGGCCAGCUACUGGCUCCGGUAAUGCAACGCUUCACGGCGUUCCCGUACUAGUCGGUCACGGUAUGGGCUCGAGUAAUGAGCAGUGGCUUUUGCGAGAAAAAGACAAUCUAAUUUAUCUGCUAGCUGAUUACGGCUUCGACGUUUGGCUGGCUAACUACAGGGGAAGUUUUUAUGCACAGCGUCACGAAACUCUUUCUGUCGCGUCACAGAAAUUCUGGGACUUCAGCUGGCACGAGAAUGGCGUAUAUGACCAGGCGGCUACGAUCGACUAUGUCCUAGGAGUGACGCAACGCCCUGCUUUGCUCACGCUGGGUCACUCAAUGAGCUGUACGCUGCAGCUUGUUCUGCUAAGCGAGCGUCCUCACUAUGCAGCAAAGGUGCUUGGUAAUGUCCUUUUGGCACCGCCUAUCUUUUUCAAGUACCCCUCGGGCUACCUGGAGCACAGCCGUGUCCUCUUCAAGUACUACCCAAAUUACAAGGUAAUUUUCCUCUAUGCCUUCAUAAAAAUCCUGCUCUUUUGUUUC